CUGAAGCCAUAGAAAGGGUUAGAAAACAAUAGUCGUCGAUUAGAGGUUAGUACAUUGUACACAAUGAAAAACGAUCUAAACUAAAAGGGUGGACAGCGGCACGUUAAGAUGUUAGGAAUGAACCAGCUGGUUGCAACAUGCUGGAUCUGCCUCCUGUUCUGUGCGUUCCUGUGUGACCCUGUUCUGUCUAAAGGGGGCCGAGGAGGGUCCAGGGGGUCCUCUCGAGGGUCUCCUUCUCGUAGCUCUACUGCGGGCAGCUACAGGGCAGGGGGCCCCUUUGGUGGAACCCGGUCUCGCUUUCGAGCGGCAGGCCGCACGUCCCCAGUGAGAGUGGCAGCUGCAGCGGCAGCAGGAGCAGCAGUGGCUUUAACAGCAGAUGGUUGGUAUGCCUCCGCCUAUCGCCGCAGUAACGCAGACAGCUCAGAAGAAGAGCUGGACUACUACAACAGGACAAACUACUUUGAUGCACAACUGUCCGGCUCCUGUAAAAGUGAAUACUCUCUUCCUCAGCUGGUGUUUGUUGUUGUUGCUGCUUUUCUCACUUUAAACAUGCUCUUCCACAGCACUGCACUGUAGAAAUGUUUCACAGGUUACGACUGUUUUAAUGAGGAUCUGGACCCUUAUGUCUGCCCUGUGUCUUUUCCUUGAGCUGGAAAAAACUGUUGAAGUGGACAAUCACAAAUAUGUGAACUGAUCCCUGUACUUGUACUGUAUCUCUAACAUUAUCUAUCUGUUCCAACUGCCAAAUCUGCAUUACCAGCACUGUAUGCAACGUGUCAUAAAAAGACACUUGCACCUUCACCUACAUUGUUUUUAUAAAAAUGAAGGUGCCAAAUUCAAAUACUUUAUAGAUCUGUACAUACUUAAAUAAUAUAAAGCUGCUAAAUAAACAUAUUUUCAUCAUAUUAAAAUACCAGUGCCAUACUGUGUAAGAAUUCACAAAAACAAGAGUAUAAUCCAUGUUUAGGAGCUGUCCCUCAUCCUCUACAUUUUGUUGUGAUACACCAAAAGCUAUUAUUAAGUUGAAAUAUCCAAAAAAUGACUUUACACACUGUAUUGCUGUUAAUAAUCAAAGUGUAUUUCUUGUUCAAAUGAAAGCUAAGAUUUUAAAAAGUUAAUUUAAAUUUAACCAAUUUAUACAUGUCUUUUACUUGUACUUUUCUGAAGUGACUUGAGCUUUUUUACCCGCUGAGACACUCAGGAGCAACACUGUUUUCAUAUUUGUAUGCACUUGAAUAGUUGCAAGAGCACUUCUGUAAAUAUAUGUAUGUAAAUCUAUUCUUUACACGUUAUCACUAAAUUA